AUGCUCAAGUAAGGCGUGUAUUCCGUCUCUUCUCAUUCCUUUGCAAGCCUCCACCAAGAAUCCACUGCCCAAAAAAUACUGACCAAAAACUUGCGUGAAGAGGAGAGGAUUUUACGCAUCCGUGUAGCUGAAUGCACAGGGUGAGUAAAAGAGCUUUCGUGAUAAUUGUACAUUUGUAGUGAUUUAAAGAAAAACGCGACCUUUUUGGACAUUCAACCAGGUCUAUUAGUUAGAUCCAGCGUUUGUCAUAAUAUUUAUCACUUUAAAAUGGCCCCAUGCAGGCGUUGGAGACGGCCGUUACAAUGGAAACACAAAAAUCAACAGUGGAUACACACCAGACGUUACUAAAUUUCGCAUGCGAAGAGGGGGAUCAGUAUCUGAAAGCCAAGGUAUUGGAGAACCAUAUUUACCACAGGGUAUUGGAGAGGCUCUUGAUGAAGGUAAGACGUACCGCUUUAGAAAGUCACAUAGUAAAUUCAUAGAAGUAUUUAUUUGAGGCAAUCCUUCAGUUGGCACGAUUACGCCAGCAAAAUGACAAACGUACAUAACUCAAUGUUGCCAAAGUAUGAGCUAAACUUAGAGUAAAGUGCGAUUGUGAAUAUUAAUAAGAAGGGAGAAGGACGAAGAUAGAAAAGCCUUGUUGCGCGCGAUAUCAGAUGAAGAAUAAACACGUUAAUUUGAGAAUAUGACUUUGGUAUGCGUGAAAUCGUCUAUUUGGUCAGCGCUGGUGAGAUGGAUAGAACACAUUAGAAGAAUUUCCCUAAAGAUAAUUUCACUGACAGAAGAAAAAUCCGCCUAAUUAGAACUCCCACAAUUUGCUAUGGAUUGCAUUUCAUCUGGCUUUUCAUUUGUUGACUUUCCCUGUUUCUGCCUUUCGGGCUGUCUUCCAAAAUUUCAGUGUGGAUUGAUAACCACAGCGCUUGACGUAAUAGAAAGCUGCAGUGCCACCUUACACGUCAAUUAGCCUGGGUCACUGGCCGGGUCAUUAGUAUCCGAUUUAACCGUGCAGCGCCCACUCCUGGGGACCAUUUCCUUUCAAGGGGUCGGACGUUAGUCGCUCAUGCUGCCUUCAAGUCUUGGCGAUGGGCAGUAGUGUUGUGGCUGCGCAGUGAUUCUUGAUUUCAACUUGUGGUCUGGCCAAACUAGAGGAUGGUAACUGAGAUCCUAGUUAUAAGUCUUUUGAUUGAUUGUUUGCCGCCAUGUCACCGCCCGCAUGGGCUCUAGACCGCAGGUCAAAGAUCAAACCAGACUGACACGCACACUAUUUGACAAUCAGCACAGGUUGCUGAACAUGAGUUUCAUGCAACUUCGAGCAUUUGGGACCGUAGCCGGCAAGGCACCAAACCGUGGCUCGGCAGUAUGCUAUUUUGCUUAACACUCAGUAGCCACAAGGCCUGAAUUCAUAGUCACCAUAAAAGUCUUAACAAAAAACAGGUUCACGUCUGGUAGGGUACAUGCCUAACUUGCAAGUUUUCUUAGUCUUUCUUGACAUCGGCCUAUAUUAGAAGAUGGAAAAUUGGUCUUUGCAGCAGUAUAGAGAAGAUGAGAUCGACCAUCAACAAAACAGUUAUCCCGCUAGAGAUAACGCUUAUUAUGAAAUAACAAAAUUCCCCCUGAAAAGCGUGGUCGCUAUGAUUCAACAAAGAUGAAAACAACGCAGAUUUUGCAGUUGUUCGGUUGUAGAGUUACCGAGAUGAAUUGCGUUCCACCUAAGAAGCACGGGCAUAGCCGAAUGGCGGCUUAAUUAAUUAAGACGAAUAAACAAUGGAGAAAGUUUGGCAGCCUUUGGUCGAAUACUGACUUCCCGCGUCAGCUCAGGGCAUUGUCAGUGGGUUGAUGGAGAGUGCGGAAAUAGUGAUUCAAGUUUCGAAGCACACCCUAAGUUCCAUUGUAAUUUUUUGUCCUCAAUGAAGACUGACGAUGCAAAAUAGUUAAACUGACAGUUUCAGAUCUCUGCGUACAGCCUUAAUAACUACUUAUUUUUAGAGGACAGCGUAGAAAACUAGAGGUUGAUGUUAGGUUCGAUAAAGGACUCUCGAUGUUUGUGUGGUGAGAGGGGAAGGGGGGGAAAUUUUGACGUGGACAAUCUCAGCCAAUGUUUGCUUCACACGUUCCCGCGUGGUUUUCACUGAAUUUAGUGCAUACACCUAAGUAGAGAAUAUUACCGCUGUCCGCAGUAAAAUUAAGUCGAUGUGAAAAGCACUUCAGUGGCAACAGGAUUUUAAUUCCACAAAUAGAUUCGUUAGGAGUGUACUAAAAAUAAAAGCAUCGUUUACUUUUGUCUCGUGCCUGGUGCGUUUUGCAGCAGUCGUGGGACAAAGACUUUUCCCAAACUUCGAUUAUUGUGAACCUAGUUAUCCAACCGGAUUCGAUUGAAGGCUAGUAGUAUUUGCUUGAUGCAAGGAACAAAAUUGCGCUAUCAGGUCCCUUAUAACGAUCCAACGUCGCUGUUUUCACUCAGUAUUGACCAAUAUAAAUUUUCUCACGUGGAAUCCUGUUCGUCUUGAUCAAAGAUUCUAAAUAAACCUACAUAUCAAGUCCCAGCCCUCUACUAUCCACACAGAACUAGACUAAAAACUAAAUACAGCAAUUCUGAAAGCACUACUGACAAAGGUAAGGGAGACCGGCGUGUUGAUUCCUGGCUUAUUAGUCUUCGUCAGCCAGUCCUACCCAAACUCGGGUUUGCAUGACCUAAGUCUCGAAACAACGUUUUUUGGUCAUCGAGCGGCAUUAGGUUUGACCUUCUACCGCUAAGCUGCGGGCCCGUUGUCAUGUUGGUUAUUUAUCUUGUAUGUUAGGUUACGGGCUAUGCACGUCUCGCUGUGCCCCCUGGCUCACUCUAGAGUCCUUGCAGACAGUCGCAUAGCGAGCAGCAAUAUAGGCUGAUCAGAAGUCUUCUUCUGGUUAGCGAGGCACAAAUAAAAUCGGAUGGGCCUCCGUCGGUGUUUUCCCUUCCGGCUUUGCUGGACUACUACGGUUACUGGUCGUUCUCGCACUCAGUGUUCUAGCACAUACAUAUGAACACCCUGCCGUAACAGCUCAUUCUUUCGCCCUGGUAAUUCCAACAGAUUCACUAUUAAGAUUAUCGACAAAGACAAGGGAGACUAGAAUGGCCAUUUCUGGCUUAUCGGCCGUAAUCAGCUGGUCAUACCCAACGCUCAUGUUCGAAAAAUCUGAGAUUCGGAUCCGUUAUCUUUCGCCCCUGAGUCGAGCGCUCUACCAAGUGAGCCGCGGGCUCAUUGUCCUAUCGAUUGCGAUUACGAAUACUAACUACUUCUGAACUGUGUUACGAAACAUUCUCGUCCCGUUAUGCUUUGGGUACCUAUAAAUAGUCCUGCAGGCAUUUAGGCGACGAUAGAAAUGUCAAUUUGUCUAUACUACUAGUCGUUCUGCGACUGCCUAGUGGGCUCUAAAUAAGGGCGCCAAAGCACAAUGGGACGAGCAUGUGGCGUAGCCGUAUCGGUAGAUUCAUUUUCAGUAUAUGUAGAUUCAUUACCGUAUAUUUCGAUGCAAAGAUAUGCUAAUGUUGUAUAGACUGGCGAAAAAAACAUGCGAGUAGGUGGUGGUGAAAAGGCCCUUGAUGACAGACUAUUCUCGGCUUCGAAAGACACUAAAUGGACAGAGUUUGAGUUUCAUUCGUGAGGCUUCUGAAUCCAUGUCGUUCGACUACGAGGCGCAAAGUGAAACAACUCACUUACCUUCAGGCAGGCUGAAACAAAGUAAUGUCUUCUGCACUGAAAACCUUCUAAGUCGAGUCCUCCGCACUCCUUUGUCCGCAUUCAGGCAUUAACGCAUGUCCCGAUGCGAUGAACAAGCUAUGCCUAGUAAGCAACAUCUGCUUAAACUCGACUUCGAUGCCCAUCGAUAACACUGGUCUUACCGUUCCCGAAUAUAUUCAUAACAGGCAUAAGAUUCUGGCAAACCUCUGAUAUAGGAAUAGGAGAUGCCGACUUGACGCAAUGACAGAAUGACACUGUAUCGAAUAAUAAGAGUGCGUCGGUUCCAGCUUCCAGCUCUCAGACAAACAGAGAAGACAAUUGAAUGACAGCUAACGAACCAUCUUGAAAGUCAUAUCAAGCAGCUAUUGGCCUUUGGUCUUUUCCUCUGUCCCAUAAUAUUAUUUAGAUUGCACAAAAUAACAGCCAUAAGCUACUUAUUCAUGUUAUUCCAUGCAAAAUUUCAUAUUCCGCCGACUUAUGAUUUGUUGAGACUUUGACGAAUAAAUUCACAAAUGUGCGUGCAAGUUCUAUUUCCGCAAGUUUUCCCAGCCCGCCCGUGAUAUCAAAGAUAUGCUCAAGAUCAGAUAGGGGCACGGCGCGCGUUAUUAGGCUGCGCACCCACAACAAAUGCCGUAAGGGGGGUUGUGGUGUGACACCUUUUCACGCCGUGCCUGCCACCUGUGCCCUAUCCCGCCUCCGGCCUUCUUGACGCCGGGUCAUGUGGGAGAGGAGGGGCGAUCGCGGUAGAUACCGCGCAAGUCCACUAUUACUAUAAAAUAACUCAUGCGCAAAUCACCGUCUCUGUGCCUAUCGUGCUGUGGGGCACGCUAGGGACACCGUCGGAAACAACGGUCGGACCUUAGAAAAUGCAAAGCAUGGUUCUUAAGAACAUGGAGGAAUCGGAAACAGUAACGAGAGGCUAUGUAAAGGGUGCCGAUCAGAAUCCUUAAUAGCAUGAGUAAGCGCAAGUUGCAUGUUGUAUCUACCGGACCAAUUAAUCGUUUUUUAAAUGAUUAUUCUGCUUUCUUAUAAGAAGUCUGCAAGAAACUGAUGCACGAUGAUUCGUCUUCAUGGAAAUACCUCGUCACUGGCAAGGUAUGAUAGAAUUGAUGUCAGAAAUAUAUGAUGUAAGGAUAACAUCUCCUUUUUAGUGGCUGUGUCGUUCAUGCCCAACAGUGCUCUACAUGAAAAUCGCGCUUCUGUGUUGGUUUAUUGGAGAGUAAGGCGUCGGUUUACGUAUCACGAACAAGCUUUAGUCGUAGCUACCUAUUUCCUCAUCUGUGUAAAUAUUUCAGUCUGUUUCAUGGGUAAAAUAGCCAGUCGUAAGUUCAGCCUGAACGUCAUUGGCUUUUAAAACAGUAUGCAAUGUGGUCUUGCUUGUCAGGCACGCUUCCUGAAGUAAAUUACUUUCGAUCGACAAAGGGAUUUUUCAAUUCGGCAACCUCUUAUUUUUGCCUUUUCUUUCUCAUCUAUCAUUUGGUCUUUUUUGCCAGUUUUACAAUGAACCGGAAGGCCCCUAUGAUAAUCUCCACUCACAGCUUUCCAAGGCCAUUCUGAAAAACUUUCGAGAUUGGCGACGAUGGAUAUCUUAUGCUCUUUCAGUACUUAAAACCUUUGACGAGUAUGGACUUAAUCGAGUGCAGAGAGACUAUGGUUGUAUUUGGCGUACACAGGCCUUGGAGUUAAGUGCCAAUCUCAUAGAACGCAAGAUGACGGCUGAACGGUGUAUCCACGAGGCUUUAAUUAACCUUCGUUCAGCCUUUGACAAUUCAUGUUCGACAACGAAGGACAAUAAUGGCGAGGGAAGGCCAAAGAGGUUGGUUCACAUAUUGGACUACAAUGUCUGCCAAAAGUGGCAUUGAAAAAGCCACAGUAUAAACAUCAAACAAUUCGGGUAAUCUUAACCAGAAAUGCCGACAUAAGCCUCAGGUGCAUUACCACGGAGGAUGCAAAAAUUUAAUACAUUAAUUAUUUAAUUCGAUGACAAAAAACAAUUCAACCCGUACAUGCGUUUUCUCGGAAAAAUUAAGUCACUGACUUUUACAGGAAGGGCAGAGAGCCAAAGACAACAAGCGACUGGUAUUACCGACAAAGACAAGGGAGACCGACAUGACCAUUUUUGGCUUAUUAGCCGUCGUCAGCCAGUCAUACCCAACCCCGGAGUGUUGAACGCCUGGGGCGCGAUCUCGCGACCUGUUAGUUGCCCAACGUCUUUAACCACUGAGCCACGGACUCGUUGUCCUGUCAGUUUUUUUUCCAGUUACGAAUAAACAUUGAAACUGUCAGAGUAAACGAUCGUGUCAAAUUCGGUCCUCAUCUUUGAAGAAAAAGGUUCCUUCAGCUGAUAGAGAGAAUUCAGGCUUCUUUGAAAGACAGAGAGAGAGAUGAAGGUUAAAUCUAGUUUUGCCGAAUUCCCUUUAUAUUCACACUGAAGCACACCGUUGAGUUAUCGAUGUCAUUCGACCAAUUUAGCCGAAUAGGAUCUUCAUUUAUAAGCGUCUCUAGCGCAUACGCAUAUUCAGUAUAACAUUUGAAGGCGACUGUUAAAGGAAUUUUGAACUUCAUUCUUAAAGAGAUCACAGAACAGUCAAGCAGCAGCCCUAUUCCAUAGUCGAGAGUCCGUGCACAUUGCAAGGUCCAAAAGCGCCUGUGAUCUAAAAAUCUAACAAGAGCAAUAAAAAGACAAUAAAUAGCAAACAGAUUGCGGUUUUUUAAAAUAGUGAUUAGAAAAAGAUGGAAGACGAUUCCUGUGUUCAAAGCCAAGCGUACUCACAAACCUCAAUAUCCAUACAAGCAUGAAGGUCGAAACCGGAAGCCUACCAAUACAGUACCACCCUUUUGCCUCAAAAUACAGAACAAUUUACAAAUCAGUGAUAAUAAAAGUUUGUAGCAGCAGUUAAUGACCCGUUGAAUAGGUUCAUUACCCUCGUCUUCAGUAGGACGGACGGGUUUCACCGAAUAACUAUUAACGUAUACUUUCGAAUACUAACGUUCCAUUGUCUUUCGUUUUGAAGCGAGUCUGCCGAAGCAGAACCAGGAGAGGAUCCCUCUAUGAAUUUACGGAAUUCCAUACAGGUAGGAUUUACUCGAGGCUCACCUGCAGCCUUCUUCGAAACAAGGAGUCUCAGUUUCUUAAACCUCUAGCAUACAGAAUAUUAAAAAAUCAAAAAUUCUUGCUUUUAAUGCUGCUCAAAAUAAAGUAGUGGUCAUAGUGGAUAAACGUUAAAAAACACUUUAUUUGCGGUGCAAAAAGCGCUGCCUAUGAAGAUUUUCGAUUUGUACGUUGUCACGACUAAAAUCGAAAUUUUGGUCCACAUAUAAUAGACAAGGUUUUUUCUCCCGUUUCGUCCUUCAGCUAGGUUUUCACUUUCAUUCGGUCCUUGUACUUAGUAAAUUAAAGAUGAAUAUCAGAGUAACCGUUCGUUCUGAGCCUGGAUUUGAGGCAUUUUUGACUAGUUCAGUAGUUCUUGCGGCUGACCAUUGCGCAUUCACAAGGCUAAACGACGUAGGAUUAAACAACACAAUAUCAGUUUAGCUACAGCAACGGAUUGGAACCUUAGAGGUCAUGCAUGCUUGGUCGCAUUUUAGCAUUCAGUAGUUGGAGUCUACGUGUACGCCCGCAGAUGUCAUAUCGCUUACGUAAUUCAUGUGACGCAGGACACGACUCUCAUGAGCAACUAGAGUAUUUAAAAGAUGACCAUUUCCUGGCUGUUAGGAUUUUUUAAACACACAGCAGCAGAACGUAACACUUUUAAUGUGAAUAGUUACCAUACUGACAGUAGAGGUAAUAGUCAAAAGCAAACUAGAUAGUACUUGUGUUGUCAGUGUAGUAAAUAAUGGCAUAAUUGUGUACUACUGACCGUCUACUAGCGACUUGGGAAUAUUACAUGGUUAUUCCGCCGUAGCUGAUGGAUUUCAGACCAAAUACCUAUAUCGCCUCCCAACCUAGCUUGAAAAGAUCUUUUCCGGAGAAUAUACUUCAAGUUUACGCAUUAGUUUUCUCGGAAAGUAAACACGAUAGGCUGAAAAUUUAAUCACUUUACAAUGCCAAACCCGCUGGCUUUGAAUGAGCACGAUAUAAAUGAUUCUUAAGUAUCGUCUGUGUUUUAUCUUAGCCUCGGAUAAUUUAGUCUGACUAAACAUAGACACCACAAGAAGCAGUGGUGUUUUUAUCACCUGUGACGUUUCAGAAAGUGGUACAUAAUCGUUCGUUCGUAUUUCACUGCAAAUAUCCUUAUUUUAAGACUUUCUAGGCUUUCUUUCUUGUCAGGUGUGGUAGGUUAGGAAAUCGGCAUUGUUUUCUCUAAUGAUUGUCUCAGGCUUUUUGCAAACAGUUAACCUUUUGCAUACUGCUUCUAUCAGCAUCGAUGAUUUUAGAACAUUGAAUAUCUUCUGGAACUCUUUGGCGGCGAGGAAGUGCUCAACUUACAAGCAAAAAUCAAAGACGUGCGAAACAAUACCCAUAGCUGGGUAGACAUAAUAAUCGAAAUUUUCUUCAACCAUAUGGAUACUCAAGACGGAAAACCGCACCCUGAACACAGGGUUUUCUUACGCCUAAUUCAGGUACUUAAUUCUGUCCUUUAACUUUUCCCUAUGACUUUUCAAUCGGUUCCAAGACUUUGAAAGAUAGAGUACGCUGUAAAAUAUAAACAGGUCAAAAGUGCAAAAGCUGCUAGGUCAGAAGGCUCAUCGAAGCGGGGUUAGUUGAUUGCAGAAAACUCGGAGUUCAUACACAUGUCACCAUCUUGCCCAGAUUAACUUUAAGAAAAUAAAUAUUUCAAAAGAAUAGACUUCUAUAUCAUGGGGAAAGUCCAGUUUGGCGGAUUGACGAACGCGCAGAGGGGAUUAUUGCUUGUAAGAAGAAAUUUUGCAGUAACUACCUUGUAGGGCCUGGAAACGGGGCCUUUUACUAAUUUCCCGGAAGGUUGCCUAUUCCCAUCUCCAAACCUAAACCUCAACCCCGACGCUAAUCUCCUUGGAACUCAACGCAGGUCCGCCUGUAGUAACAGAGGGCGGCGUUGCUAAUUUGUGUCCUGCUCGUCAUUUUCGGCAAAAUUUCACAAAACAUGAUGUAGUAAAGGGAUUAAAUACUCAAGUAAAGUACACGCACAAUCGAUCUUUUAUGGCGCUGGCGAAUCCUAAUUGGACGUCAGCCUGCAGCAUGCAGUCGUUGAAACCGUGGAGGUCUCACAAAGAACUUUGCACUGGGUUUGUUAUCCUCUGAAACAUUGUAGACACUUUGGGCAGUCUUGUGGUUUUUACACCAUAUGUUCAAAUGAUCAGUUGUUAAAACCACUCUUUAGGUACUGGAGGAAAGUCUGAAUGAGGAGAGUACUACCCUUCUAGGCGACAACGGCGUCGCCAACUGCUGCACAAACGUAAACAAGAACCUUCAUCUGAUCGUUACCAAUCUUAUCCCCAUUCGUCACCCCUGUCCUACUAAAUCUGUUGCACCUGAGACUGACGUUGAGGCAUCGCGCAAUCUGUUGGAGCGACUGAAGUUGAAAGCUAAAUCAUGUAUUCAGGAUUUGGUGUCCGCGCUAAACCUGAUCGAGGCAUCUAUGAGAGACGUGGAUUUUUCUGAGUACCUGCACUUCCACCUGCCCAGGGAAGAGACUACAAGAGAUAAAAGUGCUCCCUGGAUAGAUGACAGUAAAAGACAGAAGCCGGCUAAUGGGUAAGUGCUCCUGGAGCCAAGCUGGUAGCAGGAAGCAGCAUUGAUUCACUAUUUAUCUUGUGGGAACACUCUGAUUUUGGUCGGCAUCUUCGGUCGUAAAAAGCAUUAAUAACAUUAUUACAUAAAUUUGCUGACGCUUUUUCGUUAUCGCAACGCCAAACACGAAUUUAUCCUUGCUGGAUGACAUGAAAUAUAAUAUUUAUGUCUAAAUAACCUGAUUGCAGGCGGACGGCAUGUUCACAGACCAAAACUCUAAAAUUGCGACAAACAUUUCGCGUAAGAUUGAGGUGUAUUACUGAAAACACCGGCCAGUAGGACAGUUGAAUAAGAGAAGACUGAGAUUAGUACCAAGGUCGAUUUGCACAGAUAACACAUUACAUGUAACUCUAUCCGUGCUAAAUACUGUAUUGCGUACAAUGGUUGUUAAUAUGAAAACCUACCGUUUGUGAAUCACCAUGCUAGGUCGAUUUUAGGUCAAAACGAGGACUAUUUCAGCCUGCUACGCUUAAAAAAAACUCGUUAAACAUUAGCACCUUUAUGUUAUUUAUUGUUGCUUGGGAAUGCUCACCAAUGUAAACAUUGCUCUGCUCACAUUUGGCGGCCUAAGUAAGUGUGACUGACGGACGUUUCAUUCUCAAAAGAAUCAUGUUUACAAGUCAAUUCAAAUAGACUACGAAUCUGGAUAGCUCAUCUACCGUGUAUGACGAUGCAUCAAAAGAAAGUCCAUAUUCGCAUUUAGAGAAAUCCGAGGCAUUUGAGAAUUUAGUGACGAAGGUCUCAGUAGUGGUGACAAACUGAAAUCGAGCCUGUGCAUUGACAUGUUAUUCAAGUAAAAAUAUGUGAGGGAAAAAUGAAACAGUCGGUCUCUACGAACGAAUAUGCCUACGUCUUUUUUCUAGGUGACAAUCAAGUUUUAUGCCGGAUGUAAUCCAUUUUGAAAUCGCAGUUGAAAAUGAUUAAAUAUGAAGUACUUGCUUAGGUGACUGUGCUGGCCUUUACUUCGGAGGAGUUUGGUGUUUCUCGUACGUUACAAUAUAGGGAUUGAACAACAAUGUUUUACAGUUUAAUUAUUUAUUCCAUGAUAUUUCACGAAACGGUUAAAAUAAAUCAAGAUGAGAAAUGUUGUUGCGUCUGCAAUCGACGUUUGCCAAAUGUCGCUCUAUAUUGGUCACGUCUGACCUAAUAGCCGUUUGUAGCUAGUCAUUCACUAAACUCAAGUACGAAGACCUGAGUGUGGAACGAGGAUAAGAUCAUUCUCUAGAGUAGAUACGGGUUUAUUCUGAGAUGCCGUAAAAAAAUUUAGUUGUCUUGGAAUUAGUGCUUAAUGAUUUGCCCUGAAGUCCUAAUAAGGAGCCAGGAUGACGCUCAGUCAGUAAUAGCAUAAAAGUGUUCGCACGCCUAAUGGCAGCAUUCGCAGAACAGGCCGUCCAUCUGAGUGCUCCCAGUGCGGUCCCCAUCGAAGACUUAGUUCGCACGUGAAAAAGUGAAAUGGAAGCAAGAUGAUGCGUUAUCUGACCGAAUAUUUCGGGACGAAGUUGCAGAAAGGAAUGCAGAAAACUGUGAAAGUUGUGGCCUAUUACAAUAAGAACUCUCAGUGUGUGAUUCUCCUGCUCACUAUUACAACGACUACGAAGUUGGCAGCCUUAGCAGUUGUUCAACUUUUUAUGAAUAUUUUACAACCAGUAAUGGAUGCAAACAUUGCCGACUUUUCUAUUUCAAUGCGGUCAGCUAUUCCUUAUCCUAUCUCCGAGUGGAUUUACAAUCUCGAUAGCGCGCAUCCAGGCCCUAGACCAUGCAGCAAAAUUUUGCAUAUGAACUGACUAUUCUGCGGCAUACGUACUUGUCAUGCCCGGCUAUAGUCAAACCAUACCUUCUUUUAGUCGUUAUACAGAGGAAAAAUACCAAAAAAUAUUUCGAGAAAACUUACCAGUUAUUAAAAACGGCAACCCAAUAUGUUUUAUUUGACCGCGGCAAGAGCAGGUUCGGAGAUUUUCAUCCUGGAUAGGUUUCCAGGUGAAAAUUCACUCCCUGAACAUUCGUUACCUACAGUAUUACAGCUUCUGUUAUAGAGAGGAUUACACUGAAGAAAAAAUACUGACAUUUUGAUCUAAAAGAUGAAAACUAGUCUACUAGCUUUAAAUGUGCUUAGAAUGGAUUUAGGCUAUUUGCAGGGCAUCGAAAAGUUUGUUCCCUACGAACCUACAUUUUCAUUAUAGAACGCACACAAAAUUCCGCUCCGACCAAAAAAUAAACUUACAAAAUGCACUCCUCAUACUUGACAAUUGGAUGGCUACACUGCCGCAGGCGAUUCACACCGAAUUUCAAAUGCUGGAAGGGGAAAUGGACCAACUUUUCGCAAAGAACAUGCACGCUCUGUGCGCUUUUGAUGCCAGUCGUGUUCCUCAGACGACUGUAGGCGUCAAAAGUGCCUUACCAGAACGCCCGUUGAGCUCUCUUGAUUCAAAUAAUUCGGAACCCGAAACCCCGGAGGCAGUUAAAGGGUUAGACGAAAAAUUCACGCGUCUGGAGUCCCGUGUCAGAAAAUAUACCUCCGACGUGAUCAGGUUAGACAUUUUAACUGUUAUUAUAAAAAAAGGAAAGCCAUGUCAGGCCUUUGGCUCCUGAACGUGUGUAAUAUGUGAAGAAAGCUCUGAACUAUUCUAAACAAACGUAGUUCGUUUCUUUCGUGGAUGAUUUCAAAAUUGUUUUCAGCAACACGAUUUUAAUUCUGAUGCUUCUGUGAGCACCGAGUAAUAUGAUCGUCAUGCUUUGACAUAAAGUGUUCAGAUAUCGAAAAAUUUGCGAAUGGCACAGAUUCACAUUUGGUCCAAUGAAAAGGAUAACGACGUGGAUAAUUAGGUUGACCAACAUAUGUAUAUGCUCCAGCUAUAAAACAAUGUGCAGGGCUGAAUCUGUCAUCAGAAUGAGAGCGCGGUUCUGCAGAUAAUUGAAAAGCUUUUUAUAAUUUUCAUUCACCAAGACUUACCAUUAAAAUAAACUUGUAUAAAAUGACUGACAGCUGGCAUUGGUUUGCCACCACAGCACAAACGCGCGUGGAAACUGUUUACUGGCCCGAGCUAGAAACAACAGUAUACUUACAUUAUUUAACUUGCCAUAUAUUAGAGUCACUGAUUGCGCUUGACUUGUAGGCUACGAAUUUGAAUGAAACGAAAAUGCAUUUUUGAAAAAAGUCUAUGAAAUUGAACAUUCGCUUCUAUGUUUGUUCUGUACUAUUAAAUAGCGGAAUUUCGUUGCAAGGGGCUGCAGAGCUCAGAAGCAUGAAUUAGAUUGAAGUAUCAAUAUAGUCAUGUGAGGUUUGGUAGAAAAACGUUAUUUUAAACAAGUCAAAUGCAUGUGUCAUUUUUGCGUAAAAGGUUUUGGAAGGGGAUGAAAUAAAAGGAAAUGCCGUUUACUGAUCCAAAAUUUUAGACGGUUUCUGGGUAUAUUUGUUAAGAUAGUGGUAAAAACAGCAAAGAAGUAGGAACCGACAAAUCAGAGUUGUCUGUCGUCAUUUGUGACAAUUGAAAAUCGUUAGGUUGGCGUGGUUUGACUAGAGAGACGGGAGAUGCCGACCAAUCUUUUGAGUCCUUCGAUUAGACUCCAACGAUUCAACCAAUUUUGGAUCUAUUUCUUCCCCUCCCUGCUCAAGCAUUCCAACUAAAGCACGCACUUCUUCUUUAGACUGCGCUUAACCAAAAGAAAUGAUGUUUUCCCGUCUCUCUGUUAACGCAUCCUCGUAUCCGCUUUUCGAGCCGUCUAAACCGCGUAACUGUCUGUAAGUCAGCUUGUGGAAUGCGGAUAAUAGCACCUGCGACUUAGAAAACUAGUAAUCGCAACACCCUCGAAUUAAUUAUACUUGAAAAUGACGUGGGUUAUAUUUACUGUAAUACGCUACUCGACAGGUCAUAUUUUUGCCUUGGUGUAAUUAACUUUAUAUACGGCUAGUCAUUGUUAAGGAGCGUAGUGUCUCGCGUUGUAUGUUAAAUGACAUCGCGAACGGUGAUAAUAAACAAGCGAUCUUUAGCUAGCUUAUCUAGUUAACUUGACAAGACUGGUCUUUCUCAGCACUUGGCUUCGACCUUUUCAAGAUGUUCAUGUACUUACAUCCUCCUUUCCGGUAAAUGCACGUUCUCCGGUACGUUAAAUGAUGGGAUUUCAAUGAUAGCUGUCCUGAGCACAGCCUAAAAAUCCCUUUCUGCAUAUCAUAUUCUCUAUGUAAUAUAUACUUUGCGGUAAGCACUUGAAUGUUGACAGUAUUGUGAACAAUUGUACGUCCACUCAGCGGUGACAUCGGUACUCAGAAUAUAAGUGGAGCUUUGAUGUGUUCCUCAAAGAACAGGUUUAACCAAAUGGAUCAGAGAUGUCAGCAACACGGCCGUUGUUAAGAUAGCGACAUAGAUCGAUAGGAAACCACAUAUUUUGUUGGCGGUUAUGCGCCAGUCUGCAUGAGUGCAUUUCCAGACAAAUUUACCGGCUGUUAACUGGUUGAACGCAGAUGGAAAUACUCGCAUUCCGUGUGCCUCUCUAUUUUAUAAUAAGCGGCUGGUUUUUUGCGUGAGCUCGAAGUUCAGACAAAUAACCAGAUUACGGGAUAUCUUUCUUAGUCUUCUGUAUUAUUGACUUCCUCGUACUGCCCAUUCACAACCUGGGGGUAUUUUCCAAGCAUCUGAAGUCAAAACCAGUUUACGACAUAUUUAGUCCUCGCUGCGGCCAGCUCUUAGAUUUGCGAUCACUGUUCUCAGCCGCUGGCCAGCAGGGGUCAGCAGACAGGUCAUCUUUUUUUCGUAAUUCCAAUGCUCUGUCGUAAAAGGUGUCAUCAACGGCAAGGUAGAGGGCGGUUCUUGAGCGGUUGUAACAAGAGGAUGUGCUGUCCUGUCGGAUAAUGCAUUUAUAAUUUAAUUUACAGCAUCGUGCUCCAGAAGAUACUUUGCCAUCUAGCUUUUACCAAAAAUUUUCUUUAGGGGAAACGAUGUGAUGUCAUAAACUUACUAUCGGUAUCCGUCUUCGACUGAUUAAAUGUCGAAUUACCUUGUGAAUUCACAAAUGCCUCAUUUUUUCCAGCUCAAUUAAGCCGGUUUAUGAAAAUGAAGUUUACUGUGCAAAGCAACGGUUGGAUAUGUCCCACUUUCGAACUAUUUCCAACUCCGCUCACGAAGCUUUGGACCAGUGGAGUAGAGCCGUAUCCAGCCUCGUCAAAAAUGAAGGGGUGAUAAUAAUGAAGGAAGAAGUAGCCGAUCUCUACGGGUUAUCUACUGACCAUUUAGCCCUUCCGGCUCCCGGAAAGGCAUCAACGUGAGCUAUCAAAAGAACAGAGAAUGAUAAUUUUUGUUUUCACUGCUAAGAUUCUCUGCUCUACUUAAUGUCUUCUGAGUCAUCUUUAUAGUUUUUUAAGCUUUUUCUAGAAAUAUUAGUUUCUAUUCAAAAUUUUACCGUUGAGGCUAAAUUCCAGAUACAGGAUUGUUCUCUAAGCAUAUGUGUGACCCUGCACCUAGAACACCCUAAUUACACCUGGUUGCAUCCCUCUUCAAGUUGGCAGGAGUCGGACGCUGCGAAUGAGUUAAACUACGUGGACCAUAGAGAUACAACACUCAGAAGACGUCAUCUCCUUCAGAAUGAAGCCAGGUCUCCUGCCAGAGUGGGGGCCUGUGGGACGGUAUUGAAACACGCCACCUCAGUCCUUGAAACCGACUUGGCUUACCAGCUACAGUGCUCACUACCAAAGAAGUUUGACGAGCUGAAGGCAAUAACGGAAUCCAACCUCCAGCUUGAUACGCAACUGAUCAAUGCGGAAGCCGAGUUAAAAUCGCUGAGAGAUGAAAAUGCUUUAUAUUCAGCUGAACUACUGCGGGUAGAAUAUGAGAUUGGCGCGGUUCUUGGAACAACGGAGCGCAUUACAGCCAUGGCUUCCGAAUUUUAA